AUGAGACUUCUCAACAUCGUUAGUUUCUGCACCCUGCUUGCAGCGGGAGCAGCUUGUGGCUGCGAGCAGUUCGCGCUCACCUUCACCGAGCGCGUGGCGCUGAUCUUCUACGAUCGCAGCGCCUACACUGCCAUCAUUACGGCUUUCGAAGACUUCGCCAGCACCCUUCCCGAUCCGUACGCCUAUGACGACGAGUUGUACGCGCAGAAGUUCAUCGAGAUCCUGAUCAGCUACGAGCAGGGAGGCUUCGCCACCAGCCUUCCGCCCACCCCGCCAACGGAUGCAGAGAACGAGGGCAAGUCCUACUGGAUCUUCGGACUUACCGCGUGCGUCAACGGUCUCUACAACGACUACGAAACGUACAGCGUCUACAUCCAAUCGUACUACGACGCUUGCGGCUUCGCCACCCUCGCCCCUAGCGAUGACACCACCGAGGCGCCGGCUACUGCUACUACCGCGCCGGCAAACAACACCUACAUGGGCAGCUGGAUGUUCCCAUUCGCACAACUCCGCGGCUGGACCUGGGAGUCGCAGACGUGGCAGACCCUCUACAGCUGCUACAGCUUCGACACCACCGGAAUGACCCAAACCGACAUUACGGCUGCCACUACGCAGUGCACUCAGCUUACGGCCUACUACUGCGAGAACCCGCAACAGAUCCCGGCCGAACCUGAAGAGCUUAACGACCAGGUCGGCGUCUCCGAAUUCUACUACCUUAUCGGCUACAUCUUCUCCUCGUACGAGUACCGCGUCAGCUUCGCCUCCUCCUUCUACUACUACAUGAGCUCAUGUGCCUCCGGACCAGUGGAACUUCAGUGGCUCCAGGUCAUCAAGGAUGCAUGCGAGGUCAAAGCCGGACAAUCCGCCGAGUGCGACGAUGCCGAUUUUGAUGCGGACGCCAAAGCGAUCGAAGCCUGUGUCCAACUGAUCCAGCAGCUGAUCGCUGAAGGAAACGUCGAGAUCCUGCAGUUCAUCGGCUACUACAUGGAAACCACACUUGGAGUCGUGGUUACCCCGGAGACGGAGACGUUCAGCGGCACCGUCGAGCAGUACACCUACCUGUUCGUGACGAUCGCCGAGUCGUGCGGAAUGGAGGCUGCCGGAUUCCAGGGAUGGAUUGACUUCAAAGCCGAGUGGGACGCGUACUGCAGCGGAAAGGUCGAUAUUGAAUGGAGCGUCUGCAUCACCUGGAUCGGGCAGUUCUUCCAGUGCUGCUGCGACUUCCAGCCGAUCCCGACCGCUCUUCCAUCUGAUUCGGCGAGCACCGACCUCCCAUCCGAGGAACCCAGCUCCGACAUGCCCACCGAGUUCACCGACUACACCGACUUCACCGAGGUUUUCCCGACCUCAGGAAGCUGCGGAGAGCUCAGCGCUGAGGAACAGUGCAAGUACAUCAUCAAUUACUUCUACUUUAUCGCCCAACUCUACAUUGACGUCGAAUGGCGCGCUACACUCAAUGGAUAUUGCACGACUUUCAAGGAGGAGAAGCCCGACUGCACUGGACCCGAAAAGGCUAAGGCCUUUGUCGACCAGACAAGCAAGUGCCGUCGCGACAAGCAUGGAGGUAGCGGAAGUGGCAGCGGAAGUAAAGAGGACGGUGAAGGCUCUUCGGAGACUACUGGCGCCGCAUCUGCCGCUCCUACUGACGCGGUCACCGCCGCUGUUACUGACUUCACUGCCCUGGUCACCGAUGGACCUGCCCCGUCUGGAUCUACUGAGGAGUGCUCCUGGGAACUCUUCAUCGACUUCAGCAUCGAGAUCUGGCUCAACGGAAACUGGGACCUCCUCCUCGUCGGCGCCAACACCAUGUGUGAGACUGACGAUGGAACUGAUGCCACUGCUGUUGUGCCCACCGGAUCAGGAAACGGAUCCGGAUCCGGAUCCGGAGAGGAUGAGUGCGCUCAGAUCGAGGGUCCGACCGGCAUCUUCUUCUUCUUCGAGAUCAUUGCCAUCGAGUGCGGUUUCUACGAGACGGCCUGGUACUCCGAAUGGAUCUUGAAGUUCGAGGCGCUCUGGUACCAGCUCGACUGGGAUUGCGGAUGCUGGGGAGAAUAUGAGUGGACUUGGGACAUUGAGUGGAUCUCCCUGAUCGAGGAGUUCCUCGGGUACAUGACCUGCGGAUGCGAGCCGACUACACCUCCGGAGCCGACCACCACCGAAACCGGAUGCUAUGGUAUCUACGACUUCAUCGCGUGGUUCUGCUCGGAUGAGUCGCGCUGCGAGCUCUAUGAGGCGUUCAUGACCUGGUACUUCGAUCUCUGCGGCUACACCCAAUGGGAGCUCCUCACCGAGGAAGAGUGCUACGACGCCAUCUACAUCUGCCUUCAGUACAUGAUCUACGUCGUUGAGAACCCCGACUGCGAGCCCAAGCCGGCCCCGGUCAACAACCCAUCCCUGCACAUCACCUGGGACACUUGCAUCUACACGAUGAUCUACUGGGGCAGCUUCGAGGGCAACGCCGAGUUCAUCACGAUGAUCAAUGAGGUCGCCAGCGAGUGCGAGGGUCUGGCCUCGAACGAGGGCAGCGGAUCAGGAUCGGGUGGUGGAUCUGGAGAAGGUGUCUCCGGCGAGGAGCCGUCCGAGCCUGGAGCGGACUACUGUGUGUUCAUCUGCAAGUACAUGGCCGUGACGUUUGGCUGCUGGGAGGAUGCUGAAUUCCAAUCGGAAUGGUCCAGCUUCAUGAUCGGCGUCUCCGUCGCCAAGUCGCAGUCGACCCCUGAAGAUUGCUGGGCCCAGCUGCAGAUGCUCAUCAACUACAUGACUCAGCUAAUCUGUGGUUGGGACGUCUCCGGCGUGACUGGCGCCACCGAUGCCAUCACCUCCGCCACCACGGCCUCCGCC